CCAAAAUGGCGGAAAUGAGAGGUGGUCCCAGAGUUUAAUUAAGGAUUACUGAGUCGAGAUCUCACAUCUUUUACAAAACCCGAUCAUUGUGCACUUUUUUUUAUUCCUAUGUAACUGGUUGCAAGGCAAUUUUAACGACCAUGAAGCUGUCGCCUCGAGUUUUGCCCGGUGCUCUUCACGGUCAUAACAGAGGAGCUUGUGACUGGGGACGACAGUCACUUAUAGCCUAUGGUUGUCAGAACUUUGUGGUUGUCUUUGAUCCCAAAUCAGUUCAGGUUAUUCAAACGCUGACCCUGCACACUGCCCCUUGCACAAAGGUGAAAUGGGCACGUGAUAAUUACCAUCACGACAGCAACUCGCCAUAUAUCCUACGUCUUGCCUCUGGAGAUACAUCUGGUAAUGUCAUUGUCUGGGACAUUUCUCAAGGGACUGCAGUGACUGAGUUCUCAGAUGGAAACAGACCAAUUCUUGAUCUAGAAUGGCUUGGAACUCAAGAUGCCUGUCAUGAUCUAUUGGCAGUUCUCCAUGCUCCAUCAUCAAUGAUCCUCUGGAAUGCUGAUACUGGUACAAAACUGUGGAAAAAGACCUUUCAAGAAGCUUUGCUUUGCUUUGCUUUUGAUCCUUUCAUACCUUCAAAUGUCACCUUGAUGUGUCAGGACUGGAUUCUCUUCAUCAAUGACUUUUCCAUUGGCAAAGCCCCAGAAAGCAAUGGCCGUAAGUUCUACCUGACAAGCUCUGGCUCAGCAUCACCCAGUGGCAGUUUUGUUGGCUCACCAACUGUUGGCCCAGAUAGCAAGAACACAAAUAAACCAGCCACACCCAAGUCUGCACUCUCCAGGAUGAGGCUAUGGGGAGGAGGCGAUUCCAAAAACAGAGCUGGAGAAGAAAGUGUUGCUUUGAGUGACUGUCUUCAGCUGGCGUACCUUUCUUCUGCUCAUCACCAUCUUCUAGCAUUGUUUCCAAGGGAAGUAAUGAUCUUAGAUAUGGAAAUCAACCAGGCAGUUUGCUCUUUUAGCCUGGAGAGAAACAGCCCUUCUUUUCUACAAGUCAUCCCUUGUCAACAACGCGAUGUCCUCAUGUGUUUACAUGAGAAUGGCAGUGUUAUUAUGCGAGUGCGUAGACGGGUAGAGAACAAUCCUUACUUUUUUGAACCUGAUGAAAGGAGUAAUGAUACCAAUUCAUCUGUGGACAUCAUUUAUGAAAACAAAUGCCAGUCAGAUCCACUGCGUCUCGGCAAAUCAAGCCGGCUCUUUGGCUUCAUGUGCUGUCCAACAAGUGAACGGAAAGUUGCCCUUCUGAUUAGUGAUGGAAGGAUGAUCAUAUGGGAAUUGAAGGCUAAAAGGCUUCAAGGAGAAGCAUCAGUCUUGUCAGAAGAAGCUUUGAAAGCUUCACUGCCAUGCAACACAGACUCUGAACAGCUACAGUGUCAUGUCAAUCCUAACUUGACACUUUCUGAUGUGAUUCCUCCUCCUCUUACAUCUGGAAAUGUCAUUCAAAAUUCUGUUCAUUACAAGUUUAUCAUGGCAGCCCUGUCCAGUGUAGUAUCAUCUCCGACUUGCUCUGUCAUGUGUCCGCCAUUGACAACUAAGAACUGGGCAAGUUACAAGCCUUUAUUAGCAGUUGGAAACAGCCAAGGUUGUGUUCAAGUUUUUAAUCUUGGUACUGGCCUGCUUACUCGGGAAUAUACCAUCCAUACUGGAGCAGUGAAAGGAAUUACAUGGAGUAGCUUGGAGAGUUUUUUCUCUUGGGCCCAGGCCUCAGGGAGUACAUCCAAAAAUGAGUUACAACUUGUCAGCAUAAAAACUGGUCAAACAACACCUAUUGAACUUGGUAAAGCAGCUGAGGAAUCAACUGUAGAGGCUGUUAAAGUUUCUCAACUUAGGCAAUAUUUUCUUGUUGUAAUUAAGGACAGACCAAUGCAGUUAUGGGAUUUGAAAAAUCUCACAGUACUCAGGGAGAUGGCAUCAAAGUUUUCAUCCAUCACAGCUUUGGAAUGGUCACCAUCUCUUCACUCCAAGCACUUGAAGAAAAAGUUGAGUCAGCAGUUGGAGCAGAGUCCUUCUGGUAUUGCAGCUAAUGUUUUGGAUCCAAGCAGGGCAAACCAAACACAGACGCAGUCUUGGAUAAAAGAGCACUUUGUAUGUAUGGAUCAAGACAGAGUGUUGUAUCAUUUUGUCGUGGAAGGAACAGUGAUCAAAGAUGGCUCCAAAGUUCAGUGUGAUAGUACUCUUGGAAUUGUAACCUAUGUAGCUUGGAAAGGUGACUUUUUGGUGCUGAGUGAUGUGGAUGGUAAUUUGAGUAUCUGGGAAUUAAAGGCUAGAGUCACCAGAUCUAUUGCAACACACAGAGGACACAUCAAGAAAAUAAAGUUUGGUCCUGGGCGGGGUAACUUCAAACUGGGCGUGCUCUUCAGUGAUGGAGUUGAUAUUUGGGACCUACAAAAGUUUGAGAUAUUCAGUAACUACAAGCUGCCAAAGGAUUCUCCCCCACUUAUUGACCUAGACUGGUUGGCAUCAGACUUACCAAUAACCACCCACUCUAAUGGAGCAAUCUUUGUCAUGACCAUGGAUCUAAAACACUCUUCCUCACCUAUGGCUCAGAUGGAUCUUGAUGGUCCUUUAUGGUGUCCUCACAUCAUGGAGCCAAAAUCAAGUCUCAUUCUUAAGUCCAUUCUACAGCACUCACUUGGAAGGGACAAAUACUCACUUACAGAUAUUUCAGACUUGGAAAUCCAGAAAGAAGAAACUCUCCGUGCUAUUGAAGAUCAGUUACAAAUGAUUCCGCCAGCCAUUGCAAAUCUGCUCCAGAAUUCUACACUAGGGACUGCACAGAAGUGCUACCUUACUGCUUUUUUAUAUGGAGAUGAAUCCGAAACAACGUUUUGGGAAGUUGCUCUUCACUUCCUCAGACGAGAAAAGGCCAGGUUGUUGUGCGUAAAGCAUCAGGGUGAUCAUCAACCCAUGUACAAUCGUGCACGAUCAUUCUCUGCUGAUCUCUUCAACCCGUCCGAGACUACAGCCAAGCUUAGACGGAGCUUCAGUGCCAGGAGCCUGGACCUGUUAUCAAUCGACGAUGACCUAGACAUGUGUGGUCAAGAAGAGACUGGUAUGAAUGGAAGCGAAACCUGCUGCUGCUACCCAGUCUCCCUAGACACUUGUUACGACAUACUCAGUGACACUGAUGCAUUCCAGAGGAGUCAGUUGGACCGACUUGCUCUUCAUGACAGCAAACGAUCCACCUACGAACACACAAAAAAAUGUGCUGACACUCUGGUGCUCUUGGGACAAGCAGAUAGAGCAGUGCAGUUGUUUCUAGAGACAGAUGCCGCCAAUGAUAACUAUUAUGUGGACUCUCUAAGAGCCUGUCUUGUGGCCACGAUUCGUUCGUCGGGCGCUUCACAGAGCACCAUCAAACUGGUGGCCACAAAUCUCAUCGCCAGCGGUAAACUUGCAGAGGGAGUUCAGCUGCUCUGUUUGAUUGACAAGGGCCUGGAUGCCUGCCGUUAUCUUCAGACAUACGGUGAAUGGGAUCGAGCCGCGUGGCUUGCAAAGGCUACUCUGAACUAUCCAGACUGUGCAGAGGUGGUGAGGAGAUGGAUUGAGCAUCUCUCCAGUACACACACUAGUCAACAGAGCAAAGCUGUUUUGGUGUUGCUGUCGUUAGGAAAGUUUUACAGGGCGCUUGAUAUGCUCUACAGCAUGCGUUACUUUGACCGAGCAGCAUUGUUUGCCGAAGCCUGCCAAGAAUACGGCUUUCUUUCACCAUCGGACGAAAAGAACACUGCCCUGGUGCACGCAGUCUACACUGAAUAUGCUCGAUAUCUCCACGGUCUUGGACUUGAAAAACCGGCUUAUUUCUUUGCUAGUAAAGUUGGACCAAAAGCAAGACAACUUCUGGAUGGACUGUAGAAAUAUAGAACACAAAAUGAUGUACUGCUGAGAAUAGUUUUAUUUGUUAAACAACGCUACUCAACA